AUGAAUCCUCGGUCGCCUCCUGCUCGUCCCCAUAUUGGCAUACACUCAUCCCAUUUUUCAAAAAAUGCCGACUGGGGCGAAGAUGAUGCCUGGGACAGCACCUCAGAUUCAGAGUCUCCUCGUCAGUCGACCCUAAAUUCUUCAUGGAAUCGUCCGCCCGCAGCUUCAUCAACAACGGCCCCGAAGAUGGUUCCAAGGACAUCUUCUAAUUCAUCUUCGUCAACAUUAGCUUUCUCAUAUACGCAUCUCCAAGCGCCCAGUUCAUACCCUCCAAAAUCAGACAACUCAUUGGCUGAAGCCGCUCCGAAGAAUGGUUGGACUAUGAUCCGUACAUCCCAUGGCGGGAAAGAUGGAGAAGGUCAAAGCACUCAAAGAGCUCAGACAAAGGAUGGUGAAUACGAUCGAUAUUCUACCGGCUCUGGGGAUCUAGAUGUAGAAGGCGAUAUGAUCUUGGGCGAUCUUGAACCUGAAGCAAAUGCAACAGAUACAAAUGACGCUCAGAUUCCCCUCCAAUCUAAACCAAAACAUAACUAUGGUUCUAUACGCUUAGAUAUCGACGACAUCGUCACAGAUCCUCUUAAUGGCAUCAUAAAUCGUAGUCGUCUUAGGGGUUCCUCACCGUUGCCAACUUACCAGUCAGAAAACAAGCCUAUACCCUCGACUCAUCAGCGCGAAAGAUCGGAAAAGAUUCUUCGUGAAAACUCUAUUCGAUCGAAUCGCAGACACAAGUUCGUAGAAUGCCUAUCCAGUCAAGACGUCAAUAUUAGCGAGUUGCGGAAACUGGCAUGGGCUGGCAUACCAAAUGAUCUUCGUCCUAUGGCCUGGCAAUUGUUGCUCGGAUAUUUACCUCUACCAACACCUCUACGUUCGAGUACUCUGAAAAGGAAACGAGGCGAAUAUCAAAACAUGGUAGAUCUUGCUUUUGCCAGAGGGAGGGAAGGACUAGAUCAACAAAUAUGGCAUCAAAUCGAGAUUGACGUCCCUAGAACUCGACCCGGUGUUCGGUUAUGGAUGCAUGAAACAACACAGCGGAGCCUCGAGCGCAUUCUAUAUGUCUGGGCCAUCAGACAUCCAGCUAGUGGUUAUGUGCAAGGGAUCAAUGAUCUUGUGACUCCCUUUUUCCAAGUUUUCCUUUCGGCUUAUAUAGAUUCUGAGCCCGAAGAAUUUGAUACCUCUCUCCUCCCUUCACAUGCUCUAUUGGCGAUAGAAGCCGAUUCUUUUUGGUGUCUAUCUCGGCUACUUGACGGAAUCCAGGACAAUUAUAUCUUUGCCCAACCCGGGAUCCAGAGAAGUGUAAGGCGGAUGGCGGAGCUAGUUGCACGCAUCGAUGCUCCUUUAUCCGCUCACUUGGAGUCGCAGAAUGUUGAAUUCAUGCAAUUCGCGUUCCGCUGGAUGAAUUGUUUGUUAAUGCGAGAGAUUAGCGUGCAGAAUACCAUUCGGAUGUGGGAUACAUACCUAGCAGAAGGCCCUGAUGCAUUUUCCCAGUUCCACUUAUAUGUUUGCUCAGCAUUCCUGGUGCGCUGGAGUGAUAAAUUAAGAAAAAUGGAUUUCCAAGGAAUCAUCAUGUUUUUACAGUCCUUGCCAACCCAAGAUUGGGGAGAUCACGAAAUUGAAAUGCUUCUUAGCGAAGCGUUUGUUCUCAACUCAAUAUGGCACAACGCACAAAGCCAUUUCAAUGGCAAAUGA